UCAUUCAUCACAAAACGAUUAAAAAUAAUCCUCAAAAAAUACAAAACAAAUACGAAACAAAAGUGCCUUCUUUUUCAAUUUAAUUAAACAAAAUAUAAAUAAAGUUUAUUAAUUAAUAAACUUUUAUAAAAAUGACAAAUAACAAAUCAGUAUUGUUACUUAUUUCUUUAUUUUCCAUCUUAAUCAUUCCAACAUUAGCAAUAAGAUGCUAUCAAUGUUCAUCGGAUCAAGAUGAAAAAGGCCACGACAGCUGCGGAGCUUACAAACAAUUUAACAAAACCGAACACAUUCCAAUUGAAUGCAACAGCGACGAAUCGCACAUGCCUGGAUCGUUUUGUAUGAAAGUCGUCCAACAAGGUCCAAGAGGAUUUAUUUGGGAUGGAAGAUGGCGUCAAGUAAUUCGACGUUGUGCCUCCGUCUCGGACACUGGAGUCACCGGAGUUUGCAAUUGGGGUGUCCACGAGAACGGCGACUAUUGGGAAGAGUGCUAUUGUGGUGGUGAUAGCUGCAAUGGUGCUACAACCAUGAGAAUUUCCAUGUCGGGAUUAGUUCUUGUCAUUGGAUACAUUUUAAUGAGAUAGAACUUUAAGAAGAAGUUCCGAGAAUGAAUCUCAUUCCGUUUUUUUAUUUUACUUAUUUUAAGAACAAUUUAUACAAACGAGAAUCAAUUGUAACAAGUGCCGUCCACACUUUUUUUUUAUUAGAUUUAAUUUUGAAUUUUUUUUGUAACCAAACAGAAAUAAAAACUGCUAAUUGGCUUAUUUUGGGUCAAAAGAUUAAA